UGGCAUGCUUGUUAUUGUCCGUCCAAAACCCGCCUGUAGGAGGGCAUGCCCGACCUAACGCUGCCCCGAAGCUCCAUGCGGCCGGCGCUGGCGGCGGCGGCAGCCGCGGCCUCGAGCGCGGCUUCGCCGGCGGCGCCGCCGGGCACCGAGCUCAGCAAGCGGAGCCGGCCGCGGUCGCCUCCCGGCGCGGCCCCGCCCGCCGGCGCAGCCUGCGGGGCGGGUGCCCGCGAGGCGGCAGAGGCCCCGGCCGCGGGGCCCGAGCUGCCUCCGCCGCCGGAGCCCCCCCGCGAGGGGCGGCGCCGGCGGCUGAACGUGACGAGCUCGCUGAGCUCGCCGCGCUUCAGCCCGCUGGGCAGCCCGCUGGACGGCCCGCUGCUCUUCGCGCAGUCGCCGGUGCUGGUCCCCCGGAGCCCCGCGGACGUGGACGCGGCGGAUUGGUGGACGCCCCAGCUGCUGCCGCAGGACUCGCCCCUGCGCUUCGCGCUGGACGAGCUGCGGCGGUACAUGCAGGACUGGGAGCGGGCCGAGACGGACGAUGUCCGGGAAGGCUUCUGGCACCGAAAGUCUGGGAAGGCCGUCCUCUCGGUGGUGAUCUGCAGGAGCAAGGACGACGGGGCGUCCGUGGCCUACCGUGGGAUGAACGCGGAGGUGAGUCUGCCCGCGGGCUCCCUGUGCGCCGAGCGCGCCGCCAUCGGGCGCGCCGCCUCUAGUUUCGAGAGGGCCUCGGACAUCCUGGUGGUGGCCACCGCGGAUCCCCAGGACAAGCUGAACCCCCUGUGGCCCUGCGAGGUCUGCCAGAGCUGGCUGGCCAAGCUGAGGACGCAGAACCCAGAAAUCAGCGUUCUGGCCGUGGAGUCCAUAUCAUCCCGAAGAGUUCGUUGUUCAGGUGAACGGCAGGCCAAAGCCCCCGCCUCUGCCAGAGCUGCCUACCAGUACGCUGCUGCUGGGCCUGUGGAAGGACCGCGUGGUUCUGGCGGAGGGCACUCCAGAGAUGCCGUGGGACUCGAAAGAUACAGUUUAUGUCGAUGGCUCGUGGGCGUUCAUGCACAGCGCUCACCAGCACAUACUGAGGGUAGCCCGCAUGCAGUGCACGCACUUGCUGGUCGGCGUCCACUCAGACGAGGUCCUCGCGGACGAGUCCAGGUCGACGCUCGAAGGCUACGAGUUCCGACUGCAGCGGGUCCUGCACAACCGAUAUAGGGGACCAGAUCGUGCUCACUCACGCUCCCUGGAUACUCACCUGGGACAUGCUGUCCAGCCUGGGCGUGAAGCGGGUGAUCACCGGGUCGGUCGGCAAGGCCGACGACUGCGGCAGAGGCGGGGGCCCAGACCCCUACCGCGUGGCCAGGGAGAGGGGCAUGCUCGAGGUCGUCGAGUCGCUGGACGACACGACAGAGAGCAGCUUCCACGAGUCCCAGGUUGCCAGGGUAGCCAGGGGAGUCACGAGCGCGUAGGAUCCGUAUCCGCAGGGCUUCGCGGCACCGCGCCCCAGACACGCUGGUGGUUUCACGGCGCAGCUGGUGUCGUGCGUGCUUCUGUGGGAUAGCUUCCGUGUCUUCUUUUGUAGCUGUGCGUGUCCAUGUCUUUGCAGUUUUAGUUUUCCAGCUCGUCAUAGGAAUGGUGCUUCGACGCUCACCCUGCGACGCCCGUUCUGGGCGAGGCCCGCAGGUCAGACGUCGAUGCCGAUGCCACGAAAACGUGGCAGGAGGCGACAGGAAAUACCCCCUGGCUCACCGAAGCGAAAAUGGAC